AGCCGGGCGAAAUUGUUUAAGGAGCCCAAAGUACAAUCGAGAAGACCCUGGGAAUUGAUCUAGGGGCGACCCGGGUGAGUGAGACCCGGGCCUUUGCAUACAUGGCGAAUAUGUUGGAUUGACAAACGAUAAAUCGCAGCGCGAGAGGGACACGAGUGUCGACAGGCGCCAAAUGGAACCCGGCUCGGGCAAGGGCACGCCGUCGACACGGGGGUCGACAGGUCGUCCUUCGGGGAGGCCAGCAUCGCGGCCGGGGCCGAGAUUCAAACCUCUCGGGGCCUCCUUACGGAGGCCAGCAGCCAGCGGCCAGCGGGAUGGCAAGAGCGCCGGCUCACCUAAUAUCUAUCUGGUCCGAGGCCGGUCGCCGGGCGGACGGCAGCGCCCGUCGCCCUCACCGGUCCCGGAGCGGGCGAGCAACAACCGAGAGACUGUGACGGCCGUCUCUCGCGUCGAGUCAGCCUGAGCCGGGCGGGAGGGGUGGCCGUGAGUCAGCAGAGAAAGCUGGCGGAGCAAGCGUGGUGGUCAUGACCGACGACGAUAUCCCUCCCGCCGCGCCAUGCAGCGGCAGCAGAGCCGUAUGCCCCACAGUCGCCGGUCCCUCUCGUCCUGAUGCCGCGCCCGGAAGGGCAGGGUGCCCGAUGUGCUGCGGCUGGCCGGUCGCCCGGGCUAAAUCAGGGGCGCUGCCAUUUUCCGCCCAAACGAAUGCUCACGGCGGAACCGAACGGAGCUCACGGUGGGCCUGGCAUCUCGGGAAGGAGGUGCCGACGCACUCGGACGGAAUGUUGGGGUCGUGGAUCACCGCGUUUCGGUCCGCCUCCAAGAAUUUGGGGAGGGGGGCAGUGCGCGGUGGAGUAGUCCAGAAGAGCGACCUGCUCGGGCCUCGCCUUUGGCCAUUUGUAGAAUUGAUUGUUGGAGACAUGCUCGGGCGAAACUCAUGACGGACUUUAUGGGACAUGUCUUAUGAUUGUUCCCCGGGUCACAAAUAAAAUAUCCAGAUACUUGUUGUUUUUCCCGUUGCCCCGCUUUUUCUAUUCACGGAGUCAGGUUCGGCCCUCUGACGAUCGAGCAGGGCCCUUGCACCGUGGUAAAUAUGGCCGAGAAGAAAGGGAUCGCAAGGACAGAUGCAACUUGCUCCCGUCCUCCUCCUUCUCGUACUGCAACAGUUAGGUGAUACAUAAUAGUAAUAUAAGAUUCCGGAAAGCAAUCUAGGAUCUUGAAUCUUGAGACAGGCCUCGCCUAUGAUUGACAAGCGAGCUCGG